AUGAGGUCGUCUACCGUCACGGCCUCGGCAGCGGCAACGCUGUUGUUGUCACAAGCUGCCAUCGCAGUCGCAGCAUCGUCAUCACAAGCAGUCUUUCACGUAGAGCAGCAGCAGCCUGCCACAUCUUUUCAGCCCGUCACCACCGCGAGGAAGCCUUUCGGUCGAUUCCUUCACGUCACCGACCUUCAUCCCGAUACACACUACAAGCACGGCUCGGCGGUCAACAGUGCAUGCCAUCACAACAAGCCGAAGAAGAAGAAGCCCGAUGGGAAGCUACGAGCAGGAUGGUGGGGUACUGGGUUGAGCGACUGCGACUCCCCACCGCGCCUGGUCGAGUCGAGUCUCGCCUGGGCCUCUCGCAACCUCUUCCAGCCCUCCUUUGACGACGAUGCAGUUGCGAACUCCUCUACGUCUACAUCAUCAGCGAAGGGCAGCAACCUCGGACUUGACUUCAUCGUCUGGACCGGAGACUCUGCUCGGCACGACAACGACAAUCGCAUCCCCCGCUCGAGCAAAGAGAUAUUUGAGCUCAACAAGUGGACGCUCGAACAACUGGAAACCGCCUUCCCCGGCGUACCCCUCAUCCCUACCGUCGGCAACAACGACAUCUUCCCGCACAACAUCCUCUUCCCCGGUCCGAACGCGAUCACCAAGGAAUACGUGCAGAUCUGGCAGGACCACAUCCCCGAAUACGAGUUCCACACGUUCGAACAGGGCGGCUACUACGUCAAAGAGAUCCUCCCCAACCGACUUGCUGCGAUGAGUCUCAACACGCUCUACUUUUACGACAAUAACAAGGCCGUUGAUGGCUGCGUCAAGACCAAGCGCGGAAAGGGGAAGGAUGUGGAUCCGGGCACGGCGCAGUUGGACUGGUUGGAGGUGCAACUCAAGCUGUUUCGGGAGAGAGGCAUGCAGGUGCACCUGAUGGGUCAUGUACCCCCGACGGCGGGGAAUUACUUUGAUAGGUGCUACAGGAGGUAUACGGACAUUGUGCUCAGGUUUCAGGAUACGGUGGUGGGGCAACACUUUGGACAUAUGAAUACGGAUGCGUUUUUCAUCCAGGAGGACGAGGAGGAGGCGUCUGCGCUGGUGGAGGAGAUGGGUGAGGGCGAGGUGCAUAUCGAGGAGGAAGGACUGCCAGGGGAUUUGAAGCAGGACUAUUCGACACUGCCAGGGAAGGGCAGGACGAACGAGGAUAUGUACUCGGUGUUUUAUAUUGCGCCGAGUAUCGUGCCGACGUACUAUCCGUCGAUCCGGCUGUGGACGUACAACACGACCGAGGAGAGUAGGUACGUUGCCACUGCGUCUUCGACGUCAAGCCCGGAACCAGCAGACGACGCCGAGCAUGACGAGGACGAGGAUGAGGAUGAGGACGAAGACGAAGAGGACUCCGACCCACCCGUGCAGUCGCUCUCGCGACACCACCACCGUCCUACGCCACCCAAAAAGCGCAAGGGCAAGAAACACAAGAAGAAGCGUCGUCAACUACCCCGUCACGCCUCGCCCUCGUCUCCCUCUCGCACCAACACCUACCUCAGCCUGCUCGGGUACAGCCAGUGGGUGAUGGACAUUGAUGCGCAGAACGCCGCCAUCGAAGAGAUCCUUCAUCCGAAGAAGCACUUCUCUUCCUCGUUUUUGGCCGACAAGGACGAGAAGAAGCACAAGCACAGUAAGCAGGAUGAGGAGCACAAGCGACGUCAAAAGGAGGCGGAGAAGCAGACGGUCGAGUAUCGACUCGAAUACGCGACCUACCCGUCGGACGUGCUGUGGUCGGAAUUCAACCCUUCUGCCACGCUCGCCAGUCGCCCGGGUCCAGUGCCAAAAGCGUUGCUCGAUAAGGAACUUGCCAAAGCAGGCCUCAAGGAACCCUUUUCUACCAAAAAGAAGAAGCACACGCGCCUCGCCAAACCGCUCCGCAAGUUUACCGACUACCAGCUCGGCUCCGCGACGGUCGGCGAGAUGAUGGAUCUAGCCCGCAAGUUGAUGGUCGACAAAAAACUGUGGAAGCGGUACAAGAGGCGGAUUUACUCCGAGUGCGGAUGGACGCCUUGA